AUGUCUUAUCCAUUUCUUGAAAUACUUUUUCAUACGUAUGAAUCACAAAUUGAAAAUAAAGAUGAUGCACUUAUUAUCUUUACUCAUUGGUGUUUAAUUUCACAUGGUUUUCAACGAUUAAAUGGCAAUCAGAAAACUGAAUUAUUACCAAAUGAUUGGAAACAACGACCUGAUAAUUCCAUUACAAUGGAAUAUACAAAAAAUGAUAUUGGUUAUAAUUUAAAAUUAUUCGAUGUUGAAGGUGUUUUCUUUGCUCAUUUAUUUCGUAAUAAACAAGGUCGUCAUGUUGAAAUUAAUUUUAGUGUUAAUGAUCAUGUGCAUGAAAAUUACAAAGAAUUUCAAUCUGCUUAUAAGAAUUUAAAUGAUUUAAAAAAAGAAUUUCAUGAAAAAAUUGAAUCAUUAACUAAUGGAGGUUCCGAUUCAAAUGCUAACAAUGACAAUACAUCAUCUAAUAAUACUCGAACAGGUACUUCAACUAAUCAACAACAAACUGGUGUUCGUCGUCCAAUACCUGAUGAUCCUCUAAUUGAUCCAUUAGCAGCUGGACGAAGACCACACCCAUAUGCAGGUGGUUGGGGACAAAUUCCUGGUGGUUAUGGUCCAGGUCCUGGUGGAUAUGGUACGUCAGAUCUUGAUCCAUUCGGACGAAAUACACGUGGUGGAGGUUUGAAUAUGGAUCCAUCUAUGUUUCAACCAGCAAUGCGACCACCAAUGGCUCGAUUUCAACCUCCCGGUCCUCAGCGUGGUCCGUAUGGUCUUGAUCCAUUCCAAGAACCAAAUCCUGAUCAUUUACCAAUGCCUGGUCCUCAUUUAGAUGACAUGUACAAUUAA